CCGAAAGUGAGGGAUGACAUCAAAUAUGAUCCCUCAAAUAUGGCGGCGCCUAGGAGCAACGUGGAUGAAAUUCGUGAUAGAGUAAUAUUGGGUGAAUUUGGCGUAAAAAAUGUCCAUUCUACAGAUUAUCCUGGAAAUUACCCCGGUUACGAUGACACAUGGGACUUUGAAAAAUUCAAAAACAAUUUCAGGAUUGAUAUUGUUCAUUCGGAUGAGAACAUGUUGGAGUUUGAUAUGAUUGGAAUAGACGCUGCCAUCGCCAAUGCUUUUCGCCGUAUAUUACUUGCCGAGGUCCCAACAAUGGCAAUUGAAAAAGUGUUCAUUUACAACAACACAUCCAUUAUUCAGGAUGAGAUCCUGGCCCAUAGACUUGGUCUUGUGCCCAUUAAAGCGGAUCCUCGUCUUUUUGAGUACCGGAAUGCGGAGGACCAGGAAGGCACAGAAAUUGACACAAUUCAGCUUCAGCUGAAGGUAAAAUGCACUAGGAAUCCUAGAGCCCCGAAAGACUCUUCAGAUCCGAAGGAAUUGUAUCUCAAUCACAUGGUCUACUCGGGUGACAUAAAAUGGGUCCCAGUUGGAAACCAGGCUGAUGUGUUUGCAGAUGCCAAAAUUGGUCCUGUGCAUGAGGAUAUUCUCCUGGCACAGCUCCGCCCAGGGCAGGAACUUGAUAUAGUAAUGCACUGUGUCAAAGGAAUAGGUAAGGAUCAUGCCAAGUUUUCUCCAGUGGCCACUGCAAGUUACAGACUUCUUCCUGAAAUCACAUUAUUACAGACCAUUGAGGGAGAAAAUGCUGAGAGGUUAAAGUGCUGCUUCUCACCUGGAGUUAUUGAACUAGAGAAUGUCAAUGGAAAGCAAGUGGCGAAGGUUGUCAACGUUCGUUUGGACACAUGCAGCAGAGAAGUUCUCCGGCACGAUGACUUGAAGAACUUGGUGAAACUUGGCAGAGUGCGGGAUCAUUUCAUAUUCUCAGUUGAGUCUACGGGGAUCCUGCCUCCUGAAGUCCUGGUUAGUGAGGCCAUUAAUGUGCUCAUCGCUAAGUGCCAGAAAUUUUUAGCAGCGCUUGAUUCAACAGAAAUGGACUAGAUGGAGUGUAACUGGCCUCAUUUUCUUCUGCUUACUAUCUGGAACGAGCAGGAUCCUGUGUUGUUGGCUGCCUAAAAUUGUACACAUCUUGCAUUCUAAAGUUUUAACUAAAAGAUUCCUUUUGAAAAGUGUGAAUUAUACAAAUUCCAUCACAACAAGAGUUAAAAUGCUAAACAAGAAAAUCAAGCAUGGAAAGGCAUCUUGUUUAUUCAAAUGCUCAUUUCAAGGCCAAAACUUUUCAACAGUCAUUAAGAUUUUUUGACAUUUGUUUAUUUUCCAAACAUAGAGUAAACUUGUUCCCAAAUGGUCCAAGCAGAGUUUCUUAUUUUUAAUUUCAUCUCAUGUCCAGCUGAGAGGACCUUAACAAAAAAUAAUGUUGUAAAUCUCCUAUUUGACACAAAGUUUUGACAUAUUUGUUAGUCCAUGCGUAUUAAACUUUUUGACAAAGUGACAAA